AUGAAUAACCUGCACCUUCCAGGAGCUCGCUCGGGAGUGUCAACUCCGGGCACUCCCCAGCUGCUCGUCGAGAAUGAGACGUACAAGGAGGAGGACCAGCCUCUGUACAACGCCUUGCUGAGGUCGCUGCAGAGCGCGAUGACGGCUGCUACGGCGAUAGAUACAGAACGAAGAUCGACACCCCAUAUCCGGUUCAGAGAAGCGCAGAAUCCUGCGCCGCAACAUAGACAUCCAGGCCUCGACCCGUCGAAGGCUUCGACUGGUGUAGUCUGGACCACUGAGCGCGCGUACGAGCACGGCUUCCUCGAGAACCCCGAAGACUGGGGCAACCUUGGUCAGGGCGCUCCCGAAGUUGAGGAUACGAUUCCGCACGCCUUCCACAAGCCGACAACCCUCGAUAUCUCCGUCAACUCGCGUGAAUAUGGCCCUGUAGCCGGCAUCAUGCCGCUCCGCAAGGCAGUCGCCAAUCUAUAUAACGCGCAUCAUAGAAAGGGAAAGGCUUCGCAGUACACGUGGGAGAAUGUUGCGAUUGUGCCUGGAGGACGAGCUGGGCUGAUUAGGAUUGCCGCGGUGUUGAAUAAUGCGUACCUGAGUUUCUUUAUUCCGGAUUAUACCGCGUACAAUGAGAUGCUGGGCUUGUUCAAGAACUUCGCGGCUGUUCCCAUUCCGCUCGACGAGAACGAUGGCUACGCACUCCGUCCCGAGAAGAUCCGGGAAGAAGUCAAGCGCGGAGUGCAAGUGAUUCUCACUUCGAACCCUCGCAACCCAACCGGCCACAUGGUCAAAGGCGAGACGCUCAAGGAGAUCAUGGACAUCUGUCGUGGACGCUGCACUUUGAUCAUGGACGAGUUCUACUCUGCAUACAACUACACCGGAGCGUGUGAUGGUACCAGAAUUUCUUGCGCCGAUUUUGUGGAAGAUGUCGAUAUCGAUGAUGUGCUCAUUCUCGACGGUAUGACCAAGGGUUUCCGCCUGCCUGGUUGGCGUAUUGCCUGGGUCGUCGGCCCGAAAGAAUUCAUCAAAGCGAUCGGCUCCUGCGGAAGCUAUCUCGACGGUGGUUCCAACGUUCCCUUCCAAGAAGCAUCCAUCCCGAUGUUGGAGCCGGACUUCGUCGUCUCCGAGAUGGCAGCACUGCAGCAGCACUUCCGCGAUAAGCGCGACUGGGUGCUGAAGCGACUAACCGAGAUGGGCUUCAAGUUCCCUCGCAUCCCGGAUUCCACGUUCUACAUCUGGCUCGAUCUGAGUCAUCUCCCGCAGAGGAUUCAGAAUGGACUUGGAUUCUUCGAGGAGUGCCUCAAGGAGAAAGUCAUCGUUGUGCCCGGUAUCUUCUUUGAUCUCAACCCGUCCAGUCGUCGGGAUCUGUUUGACUCGCCUUGUCACCACUUCUGUAGAGUCUCCUACGGUCCGAAAUGGGAGACGUUAGAGAAGGGAAUCAACGGCAUCGAGAGGGUGCUCAGGAAAUUCAAUGCCCUGCCACAAACGCCGCCGACAGAAGAGCUGCAGGAGGUGCAGGCGCAAGUAGAUGAGCAAGAAGCGGACAUCUAAACGUCUGUCUUCGACUCUUCGAUUCUUUGGGCUGGUUAUGCAGGGCGACGAUGGCGUGGUGGGGCUUGUGAUGGAUACUCUACUUUAUACCGAAACAUACUAAGCACGCUUUACUUGCUCCUUCUCCGUCUCAGACAAAGCGAAAACGAAUUCUCGAACCUCUUUUUACCAGUAACUUAUCCCUUAUCUGCUAGAUAAAAUACCAAGUCUCGGUGCCAAUUAUACCGUGUGUAACACGGAGAUCGCCAUCUCCCUCCAUCCACAUCCAGUUAACCAUCUCCAGCUUUAUCCAUCCUCUACGAAGCGGUCCGUGCUCGCCGGCCUUCCUCUUUAACG